AUGGCUCAUCCGGGAGAACAUCAUCAACAAAUGCCAGGAAAUAUCCUCUCGCAUCCAUCCACCGAAAAGAACCAUGGCCGUCUAUUCGAUAAAGACACUAAUACAACUAUCAUCACCAACAAACCCGUCGUCAUCAGUGACCCGUCCAGCGGGGAAUUGCACUUUAUACCCGGAGACGUUACGCACGUCCAGCAUGACCAGCAUAGACAUGAUAUGCUGAAGCCCGACUCGAGACGUAUGACAGUCGAGUUCGACGAGGACGGCGCAAGACAAGAAUUGCAGGAAGCACUACAAAACUUCGCGCGGAAACUCGACUUCGUUCUGACUAACAACAACAAACCUAAGAAAUCGAAGGGGAAAAUACAUGUUCGUAAUAAUGAGAGAAUGGAAUGGGAUUGA